AUGAAACAAAAUAAAUGGCACAGAGCAGUGGUUCCCAACCUGGGAUUCGAAAAACAAUUAGUGCAAGUCAAAAAUGUCAACAAACUUGGUGCUUUUGGUCAGAAACCCCCACCGUUACUUGAGCAUAUUCAGAAUAUAUUGCAAAGUUACACGGACGGACAAAUUUUAAAGGAAUUAACUCAAAAUGCAGAAGAUGCUGGAGCUACAGCAGUUCAGUUCCUGUAUGACGUGCGUGAAUUUGAUACUGAGAAACUGUAUCAUGAUAGGCUUGGACCUCACCAAGGAUCCGCUCUUUACGCCUACAAUGAUGCCUACUUUAAACCACAGGAUUGGGAUGGGAUACAGAAGCCAUCGGUCAGUGGCAAGAAAAAGGAUCCACUGAAAGUUGGUCGAUUUGGAAUUGGCUUUGUGUCUGUGUAUCAUAUGACAGAUGUACCAAGCAUUCUCAGUGGAAAUUAUCUUGCUUACAUGGAUCCAACAGAAAAGAUAUUUUCACAGAAAAGUGGUAGACCUGAAACAGGCUUCCGGUUUGUGUUGGAUGAUAAAAUGCAGGAACACUUGCGUAUCGUAAAUAAUGAGAUGUAUAGUCAUCAAUUCGCACCUUACAAUGAUGUCUUUGAUGACAACACAAUCUUUCCUGGUGGAAUGCAGACAAUCGACUUUCAAGGGACACUCUUCCGCUUCCCAUUAAGGAAAGACAAAUCUGAGAUUUCGAAAAACGUUUACAACAACAAAAAAACCAAUGAGCUUCUUUCAUCAUUUUCAGACGAUGCAAGUUUGACAUUAUUAUUCCUAAAGAAUAUCGAAACUGUAAAGGUUUUUACUCGGAAUUCAGACUCUAAGAAAACUCUUGUGAUUUCAGCAACUUUAUCUGAUGAUACAGCAGACCAUGUGCGCGCAGCUAGGCUACACAUUAAUGAUGGCGUCAAAAACAAUUGGAAACAUCGUCAAAAGGAAGAUUUGGCAAAGAGUUAUAAGAUGACUAUUGACGUCUCAUCAGAUAUUAAGGAAGGAAACAAAAGCACAUGGUUCGUCUGCACAUACAUAUGUUGGCCGAAAGAUUUAGAGAUUCAGAUGAAAGAAGAGGGUCUUUCAGCUUGGGUCGGUGUAGCAAUGUCAUUGGAUUUUGUGGACGUCAAAGGCCGCACGUUCUGCUUUUUGCCAAUGCCACCAGAAGAGAGCUCCACAUCCCUUCCUGUUCAUGUGAAUGGAGCAUUUGCCGUAAGUCCAGACCGUCGCUCUAUUAAGUGGCCGAGUCAAGACAGAAUCGAAGAUACAUCAGCCUUAUGGAACAAGUAUCUUGUAGGCACGGUUCUCCCAAAAGCAUAUGCAAAGCUCAUUGUCGAUGCUGUUGACAUACGAAUGGAGAAAAGUCUACUGGCAGAAUGUAUUUAUAAAGCAUGGCCGGACAUCACUAAUCCACUAGGACACUGGGAUGAGAUGGUUGAACCAAUGAUGUGUUUGCUGAAGAGUAAAAAGGUUUUCUACACUAAAGCAAGUGGUGGAAAAUGGGUUGAUUCUAGUGAGGCAGUAUUCGAUUAUAAAUGCAGCAGACAUCCUGUUCAUAAAAUAUUAGUUAAUUUGCUGAUAAAGUUAAACAAGCCAGUCGUAACUCCACCGGACCAUGUGUACAAAGCAGUGAAACACUUCAUUGAUUGCGACGUUCAGAAGGUGACACCGAUCUAUACCAGAGAGUGUAUUCGAAAUCUUUCACUCGAUGACAUUGAUAGAAAAGAAAAGCUAAUGUUACUUGAGUACAUAUUACAAGACAAAGGGUACACUGAUCUUGAGGGUAUAUCCCUUCUACCCCUUGCUGACAAAACAUUCACUACAUUUCAAUUUCCUAGAAAUGAGAAUAGUAACAUCUAUAUCACUACGAAGCAAUAUCCAAUAGACCUGUUCUUCAAUGUAAAGGAGAAGUUUCUUGAUGACGAUAACGAUAUUAAAGAUAGUCUUCGACAACAUAUGGACAAAAUUGCGUGUUCUAACCAGGAUCGCAGAUAUGGUUUUUCACAGAUUACCCACCUUACAGUGGAUGCAGUGGUUCGUAUUGUACAAGAAACACUCCCAAAAGAGUGGCACAAUUGCAAGGAAAUGGAAUGGACACCAGGACAAAAUCAACACCCACCCACGACUUGGCUGAAAUUGUGUUGGGACAUGCUUAAUAAUGAUUUCAAGAAAAACUUGCAAGACUUCCCUCAGCUACCAUUAAUUCCAAAACAAUUGGCAGACAAAACAAUUAGACUGUUGUCCCUAAGAAAAAUAUCUUAUAUAAUAUCUGUGAGCAUGCCUUUCGGAAGUAUUGACCGUAAGGUUGAAACGGUAUUAGAAAAAAUAGGUUUAAAGGUUGUUUAUUUACAAUCAUUUACAUAUAUAGAUAAACAUCCCCAGCUAUAUUCUGAAGGGUUUGUCCAUUAUUCGAAACCGGAAGGUGUUAUAAAGGCACUAAAUGCGUUGCCAAUGUCAGAAAUGUCAAGAAGCCUUGAUCAACUUUCUCAAACAGACAAAGAGAUAUUACGAAAAUUUAUGUCUGAAAUUCAACGUGGUUCCUUUUACAAGAAUUCUGAAGAAUAUCUAUGUUAUCGUAUGUUGCCAAUUUUUUUAUCAUUUCCAGAUAAAGAGCUGUUUCCUGCUUCAAACAUCUGCAAAGUUGUAAAAGCUACGGAGCUCCCAAACUUUGCUACAACAGAGAAAAUGAUUGGAUUGUACGAUACUACUGACGACAUAAUUGCAUCUGAGCUUCAACUAGAGACUUGUAGUAGAGAUGAAGCAAUUUGCCAGAUGCUGGAUAUUGUAUCAGAAAAUGAUAUCGAAGAACUCAUAAAAUGGAUUUUUGAAAGAUGGACUAAUAAUCAAGACCCUCAUUUAGUUUCAAAACUUAAAACAACAUCAUUUUUGAAAACAAGUGAAGGUAAAAUUAAGCGACCGUGCGAUCUGUUUGAUCCGACUGAUGAAGUUGUGUCAACUCUAUGGGAUGAAUGCGAAGGGGUGUUUCCAGUAGAGUACAUCGACAAGAAUCACAUCCGUAUACUGAAAGACCUAGGCCUAAAAAAUAGACUACAUAUUACAAUAGAAGAUGUAAUAUCACGGGCGAGGAGGAUUGAAAGGUAUUGUCAAAGAAAUAAGGCACUGAGUCUGUUAAUGCUCCUUAACAAAAGGGAUGACCUUAUAUCUCCCAAUCUUGAAAAUAUCAAAUGGGUUCCUGUUCUGUGCAAACCAAAGGAGUAUCCUCUUACAUGGGGCUGUGAAGAAAUGGUGGUAAAACCGACUGAAGUCCUGACUUCAGAACACAUACUUAUCACCGGAUCGUCAAUGGCGUUGAUAGAUUCGAACGGCACAGAGUUGAACAAUAGCAUUCUGAAAAGAUUUGGAUGGGAUAAACUCCCUCAAGUGAGUUUAGUUAUUAAUCAACUGGUGACUUGCAUUGGUUUGUGGGAUGAUGGAAAGCUUGAUUUUAACAACGAAACCAAGAUCCUUCAGGAAAUAUAUACGUAUUUCCAUGAACAUUUGAAUGAUGAUAUCAAAGAAGUGUUGUCAGAUAUGAAGUGGAUAUGGCAAGGCAACAAAUUUGUGGAGGCUCAGAAGGUAUCGAUUCAGGAGAUGAGGUUUGAUAUGGCACCAUAUGUCUACCAAGUGCCGAGUGUAUUUGUCAGAUUUAAACAGCUAUUUCUGUCUUGUGGAUCCUAUCCGAAAAUAAGCACAGACGCAAUGUUGGAUAUCAUUCAGAAAAUUAAAGAUAAACAUGCAAAGACAAAUAUAAAAGCAGCGGAAGCCAAAGAAGAUAUACAAUUUGUUAUAAAAAUGAUCUGUCAUAUAGCUUCUGAAUAUGAACAGACCGAAAUAAAUACUGAUAGAAUACUGCUGCCAGAGGAUAACAGAGAUAGUCUUCGAUUGCAUCCGGUUUCUGAAAUGUGCUAUUGCGAUAUAGAUGAUUACGAAAACGAAGAACUACCUGAUGAUGACCAAUCCACUCCAGUUUAUCUUAUUCACGAAGAUAUUCCUACCAAAAUAUGUAUCCAAUUUGGCGUGAUCCCGCUUAGUAAACGUUUGGCCGACGCGGAAGAAUUCGAAGGAAUUGAACAAACCGGACAAAAUGAACCCCUUACUGUUCGCUUGCGAAAUAUCUUACAAGGCUAUGAAGCAAAUGACAUUCCAAAAGAACUUAUCCAAAAUGCAGAUGACGCAAGGGCAACAGAAAUUAAAUUUCUUAUUGAUUUCCGUCAGAAUAAAAAAUACGAAGGCAAACUUCUCGAUCCUGGAAUGGCACGAUGCCAAGGUCCAGCUCUAUGGGUGCAAAAUAACUCUACGUUUUCGAAAGAAGAUUUCCAAAACAUUACUAGGUUGGGAAGUCAGAGUAAGAUGACGAUCCGUGAAAAAAUUGGCCGAUUUGGUUUGGGGUUUAACUCAGUUUACCAUUUGACUGAUGUCCCAAGUUUUAUCAGUGGUGAUAAAAUUGUAUUUUUUGAUCCACAUGCCAAGCAUCUUGGAAAACAAAUUCGAGACAAGACAAAACUUGGGAUAAUGUUAAAUUUUUCAAGGAGCACUAAACAGCUAUCCAGAUUUAAAGGUCAAUUUGAACCGUACAAUGGAGUAUUUGGCUGCAAUCUGCAACCAACAUCCGAAUGGGAAUCUUACAAUGGAACCCUAUUCAGGUUUCCUUUAAGAACAGAAUUACAAGCCAUGGAUAAUGAAAUAAAAAAUGAUCCAUGUAAUGAUGAGAAGAUACACAAAAUCCUCAAGCAUUUUCAGAAAGAAGCAGAAGAUAUUCUUCUAUUCACUAAUUAUGUAAAAAAAGUCUCUCUCCACAUGUUACCUCAAAACGUGACUGACCCCACAAAGACUACCGAACUGUUUAGAGUCAGUACAAUACAGAAUGAAUAUUGCGUAAAAGCAUCAAUGAUUACAUCGGAUAGGGGAAAUGCUUACUUUGGUGAUCAGCGAAUCGUUACUAAACAAUGGGUAAUGCAAAAUUCAGAUGGUUUGUAUCCAUUAGAAUGUCAUGUUAAAGAGUCAGAUGCUGUUAAGAUAGCCAACUCAACCUUUGGUUUGAAACAUGGUCUGAAUCCUCGUGGAAGUGUUGUUUGUCCACUUGGUAACAAUACUUCGAAUGGACUUGUAUACUGCUUUCUGCCUUUAUCCAUACCACUUAGCAAUUUGCCGAUUUACAUAAAUGCUAGUUUUUCUCUUAGUUCAGAUCGACGGAACUUAAAGAAAAUGGGUGCGGGAGAUGAGGAAAAUUUGGAUAUUCAGUGGAACAAUGCCAUAAUGAAGAGUACAAUAACUAAAGCUUAUAUUGACCUCUUGUCAAAAGGCGAAUGUGGUAACAUUGUGUCAGAAGAUGCAGCAAGGAAGGGAGAUGUCUUUUUCUUCUGGCCAAAGAAAAAUGUCCAUCCCGAUUAUGAACUCAUUGUUAAAGAAUUUUAUCGUAUGGUUGUUGAUGGAGAUGGACAUAGCCUUCCAUUAAUAUUCCGAAAAAAUGAUCGUUGGUAUGACUUCAAACAUUUGGUAAUAAUUGAUCCAGACCUUAAAAAAAUACCAAACGUCGGAUAUCAUGCGAUGGAAAUAUUAUUACAGCUUUUGAACUCGGAACAAACUGCAGUUAUUGACAUUCCUGGAUGGCUUUACGGAAUACUUUUCUCCGAUCAUGGAAGUGCAUUAGAAAAACAAACUGUUUCCGAGGAUCUUUUUUUUCAUAAAUAUUUUUUCCCGAACAUUGGAAAGUUUGAUGAUCAAAUUACUGAUAUAAUCAUAUUAUAUGUUUUGAGAGUAAAUAAGUAUCAUGAAUUAGUACAAUCCACACCCUGCAUUCCCUCAACGCCCAAUGGAAAAAUAAGGAAAAGAAUUUCUGAAUUGAUAUCUCCUACAGGAAGGGUAUCUAAAAUGUACAGUGCUGACGAGAAAGUUUUUCCUUUCGGCCAGUACGAUGACAGUGAAAUCAUCCAAAAAUUGAUCAAGCUGGGUCUGCGAACGGAGGUACAGUGGUCAGAUGUUGUGGAACGUGCCAGAUCCGUUCAGACACUACAGGAAGUGAGUGCUGACAUUGCAGUGGAACGUAUAAAAGCUAUUGUCAACUAUACAUAUCACAAGCACAAAAAGGAUAAGAAUGGAAUAGAAUCGUUUCGUGGAACUAUUAAAUACAUUAGCUUCCUUCCGUCAAUGUUAAAACCAAAGGACUAUCCUAUAUCGUGGUCAACAGACCGAGUGAAACUGUUUUCACCCAACGAGCUGUAUACAAAAGUGAAUGGAGAUCUGGUUGGAAGCCUGUAUCCAAUAAUUGAUGAGAACAUAUUCGGCUUCCAGAAAGAUAAAUCAUUAAUCAAAUUGGUUGGCAUUUCACAACAGCCUGCUAUUCCUGAUGUUUUAAAGCAACUUGAUAAAUUGCUUGAGUGCGACAUAAUCAACUCAAAUAUGAAAAGUGUCAAGCGAAUAUAUAUCUCAAUUCUUGAAAAGAUUUACAGAGAUACACACAAUAUGGAGCAACUGAAGAGCAAGCCAGUUGUAUUUGUCGAUGACCACUUUGUUAAAGGAAGCAUAUGCGCAAGACAUGGAUUAUCUGGAAAUAUUUGCGGACUGCUAUAUAUAUUUCCAAAAGAGCUGAAUGUGUUUUGGAAUUUAUUUUGCAAAUUAGGUGUUUUGGAGAAAUUUGGAGUUUCUGAUUACAUAAAUGCAAUCUGCAGAUUAAACAUGAAAGUUCAAAACAAGCCAUUAAAUAGUAAAGACGUUGAUAAUGUUAUCCAAAUACUUACUUGCCUGGAGAAAGAAAUGCAUGAAACAUCAGAUUUGAAGGAUCUUCUUAUUCCUGAUGUUGAAAACAUACUACAUCCAGUCAAUAAACUUUGCUAUAAUGAUAUCACAUUUAUGCGGCCAUUAGAAGAUGUCAAGAUAUGUAGUGGGAAGAUCUCACAAAAUAUGGCCAAACGAUUUGGAAUCAAGGACAUCCGGACGCGUACCAUAAUGAAUUUGUCAUGUAACUUGUUCUGUGAAUUUGGUCAGCGUGAAGAACUAACUUCUCGAAUAUGCCGGAUUCUUGAAGGUUAUCCACUUGGUGUUUCGUUUCUUCGCGAAAUGUUACAAAAUGCUGAUGACGCAGGAGCUAGUAGACUAUGUCUGAUUCUAGAUCACAGAAAUCAUCCACUCAGUGGAUUGCCAUCAAAUAAUUGGAAGCACCUGCAGGGCCCUGCCCUUUGCAUCUACAACAAUGCAGUAUUCAAUGACGACGAUAUACGUGGUAUUCAAAAAUUAGGGAGUGGAAGUAAAGUGAAUCAAGCAGACAAAACUGGACAAUAUGGUGUUGGUUUUAAUGUCGUCUAUCAUGUAACCGACUGUCCGUCAUUUAUUUCUGAUGGAGAAAUAUUUUGUUUAUUUGAUCCAAACCUAGAGUACGCACCAGGUGCAACAUCAAACAACCCGGGUAUGAUGACAAAGAAACUGCAGGAAGUUCGCAAAAUAUUCACCAACGCAAUGAACUGUUAUCUGAAUGAAUUUGAGCAAGAUUUCCCACAGAGAGGUGGAACAAUCUUCAGGUUACCAUUACGUUCUAAGGACAUGACAAAGUUAUCUACAAUCAGCAGUCAGCAUAUCACAGAAAAUCGUAUUAGUGAUCUUUUGACAGAGUUUGAAAAAGAAAUGCCAGAAAUUUUAUUGUUCUUAAAGAACAUUAGACAGAUUAGUGUUCAUGAAAUCAAUACAUCUGGAGAGCUUUUUGAAAAAUAUUCUGUAGAAUCGAUGAUACACAACAGAAAUGAAAAAGAAAGAAGAAUUAUAUUCAUGGAAACAAGUUUAAAGGCUCCGGCGUCCGACACAAUCAACCAAGUAGAUUGUUCCUAUGAAAUUGAAAUAACGUGUCAUAAUUCUGAUCACAGAGAAUGCAGUCAGCGUUGGUUGAUUUCUCAGAGCUUUGGAUUUGGUAAUAAUGAUUACCGCUGUGGCCUUUCACGUCCACACCUCCAGGUAGGUGGUGUUUGUGCAUUACUACCACAUAAAGAUGUAAGCCAUAACAUUGACCAUAAGGGAAGUGUAUAUUGCUUUCUACCACUUCCUAUUAAAAGUGGUCUUCCUGUCAUUGUGAAUGGCCAUUUUUUUCUCGGACAUGAGUCGCGAAGGGAUAUUUGGAAUGAUGAUGAUGGUAAGAGUGAUCCCCGUGUCGUCUGGAACAAUACAUUGAUAACGGUUGUUAUCUGCCGUGCCUACCUAAACCUCCUCAAAGAAUUUGCAAAACGGACUGGUCUGUCGGGAUUUUCCAGUGAUGCGAUAACAGAAACAGAACUUGAGCGGCGCUUAACAGAUUAUCAUUUAUUAUUUCCUGAUCCUUCAAAGACAUCAUCAACACCGUGGAAAAUACUUGCUGAAUCAUUCUACAAACGAAUCGAUAAAAAUGAAAACGUACUACCUCUUCUAAAACACAAUAGCAGUCACACAGAAUACAUCACACCUAACGAAAUAAGAUGGUGUUCUCCAGUUGGAAACAAGUUUGAUAAAGGCUAUUUUUACAGGGUGGAUAGCAAAAACAAAGAAGAUUUGGCGUUAAGGUCUCUUUUUAUUCGCCUUGGAAUAAACGUGCUUUAUGCACCAUUCGAAAUAUAUAACUUUUUUAAAGCAGCUGGAUGCAGUGUAGACUCUGUAACACCCAAUCAUGUAUGCGAAUUUCUAUCGACUAAUGAUGGCAAAUGUACACUAGUAGAGCUUCCACAGCCUAUUGCUGAAACUACAAUGAGGAGUAAAAAAGAUCUUAAAAUUCUGAUGAAGUAUAUUUGCAAGAAGUCGAUUAAUUUACAUCCUCAUGGUCUUCCUUUAAUACUAACUGAGGAUAACUGUUUAAACGUAUGUGACUGUCAAAACCGAUCUACACAACUAAAAAUAAAUCCAAUUCCAAAUUAUUCGUGCACUUUUGGAAAAAGAAACAUAUUUUUCUCCAGAUUGGCGCAUGUUUUUCCACAAUGCAAAUAUGAAUUUCUGCACAAAGAAUUUAUGGAUUUCUUUGAUGCUUCUAAAUUUAAGUCUGUAUCACUAGUAGAUAUUGAACAACGAUUGGCUAAGCAUCUGGAUGUAAAUAAGUAUAGAGGGACAUCAUAUGUUGAUAAUGAAUCAGAGAUUGUGAAACCGAAUUGGAUAAAAAGUUUGUGGAAUUGUAUCUUUUCAUCGUGGAAUCUUACUCCCACAUUCGGAGUCGUAUCACCAAAUUCAGCCGAGGUGGAUGAAUUAAUUCGAGCAUUUAGUGACUGGGCUAUUUUACCCGUGCGCUUCAAAGGUAAAUUGUACUUGGUUCCACUUUCAAUGGCGGAUACAGUAACUACUGUUGGGUGCUUCUCGUACGAUACAUUGGCAUGUAUGAAGCUCGACUGUCCAAGGCUUUGCGUUGAACAUCUACCGGAACGUAUGCCUGUCAAUGUAUUACUUGCUUCUUCACAACAUCCAGAACGUAUUGUGUCUUUGCUUCACUUUUUACAGAAAGAUGACGAGCAAUGCUUUAAUGUGCUAGAACCACAAGAUUGCAGGGAUUUGCUGAAAUAUUUUCAAGGAAAUUUCACGUAUUUGAAGACUAACGCAAUAAUAUUUAAAUUAAAAGAGUUGAAACUGUUUGAAACUAUAUCAGGCGAAUUCGUAAGUUUAACUAAUAUGGAUGUGCUAGUGAUUCACGAUGACAUUCCUAAAGAUGAUUAUUUAAUAUGGCUUGGCAAAGCACAAACAGUGUUCAUAAAAAGACAGCUCCAGCUAGAAACGCUGUACAACAAGUUGGGGUUUGAUGGAAAAUCUAGUCUUCAAGUUUACUCCAGAUUCAUACUUCCUUGGUUUAGUUAUUUCACCGACAUUGGUAGGGAAGCUCAUUUAAAGUGGAUACGGGAGAAGUGGUUAGAUAAGAAAACAUUAUGCCACAUAGGUUUGACUUCAACUCCAAUCAUAAAGACAGAAGAGGGGAUGCAACGGGUGGAUUCACUGUAUAAUCCAGAUAUUAAGCUUUUCAAGGUUAUGCUUCCGACGUAUUCAUUCCCCCCAAGUCCGUAUGACGCGCCUGAAUGGACACCUAUGUUUCAGAAUCUUGGGCUGAUAUCAGAUGUAAGCGAAGAUUUGUUUAUAAGAUUUGCGACAGACAUUAAAAAUCUGAUUCCAAAUGAUACAAUGCAGAGCAGAGAAAAGGCAGAAGUGUUGGUGGAAGCGCUAAGUCAUGUACCAUACAACUCAUCGUUGGUAAGUAAAAUAUCAACUAUCAGUUUCAUGCUACCUGACAAUCUUGAAGUAAAAAGCUUAUUUCCUAACACAUCUAAGUGUGAAAAAUUUGAGAACGGAGUAAUGUUUCGUGGGUCCGUUUUGUCAACACAUGCACACCUCGUGUGGACAACUAAACCAGUGUUACCUGCUUAUACAUCCGAAAUCAAAGACAUAUCUAGCCAACUUGGAGUGAUCCAAAACCUGAAUGCCGAGGAUGUAUUGAUGCAUCUGAAGAACAUAUCUCCAAGCACCCAGAGACAAUUAAGUAAAUAUAAUGUAUCAACUAUCAAGCAGGUUUAUACAGACAUAUAUACAUUUCUAAAUGAACAGUGUGAUUGUAAUGACAAAAACCCAUGUCACGUAUGUCAAACUAUUUCGAAAUUGAUUCUACCAGAUUUACCUUUUAUCGUUGUUUAUGAUAGCGAAAAAUCAGUUUUUCUGGUUGAAAGUUCAGUGGUAUCUGAAUAUGUACCAAACGAAAUCAAAGAUAUCCUUAUUCCGUAUAUAUAUGAGCUCCCAAAAGACUUUGCAAAUUAUGGAACUCUCUUCAAAGCAGCUGGAAUGACUAAUAAGCUUAGUCUCAAGCAGUAUUCAUUCGUUUUAGAAUCUGUUUUUAAAAAAGACAAUACUGGUGGCCGAAACCCUAACUUUAAAAACGUUGUUGCAACAUGUGUACGGAAUAUAUUCGAGAUGCUGAAGCAUUCAAAAGAGAAAGGAAUUGAAAUAGAUUUUGAAUCUAUCGACCAUCUCUACUUUCCAAAUAAGGAGCAUGCUCUCAUAUCAACACGUGAUUUAGUUUUUGCUGAUGUCUGUAGUUAUGAAAGUCGGAUCAACUGUGGUGCUGCGAGAUUGUUUAUUGGUUUUCAAGAAUUUAAACUAGAUGAAAACUAUUUUAAGUAUCUCGACGUUUUACCACAGCGCUUGCAACUCCAAAAAAUGAGCGAAGAGUUCAGAGAAAAAAUGUUAGACGCAGAAUGCGAAGAUUGCCCUGAAUCGAAAAUUGGCCGUUGUGACAUAUCAGAUACAUAUCAAGCUGUUCUGACAUCGCAUGAGUUUAGACAAGGUCUGAUGCAAUUGAUAAACCACGAAAAAAGGCAUUUGGGCUUCGACAAGAACGCCACAGAGCAAAAAAUUGAAGCAUUGUUUGGCCCGUCACUUAAAGUGCAUUGUAACGUUAAGAUAACAACUCAAUUAUAUUAUCGUGAUAUCCUACUGAACGGUAGCAAUGAAACCACUGAUUGUUGUCUGGUGAAAACAAAAAACAAAAAUGAAGUUAAUAGUUAUGACAUUUACAUAUAUCAUGACAAACAUCCAGGGAGUAAAAUAUUCUUAAAUACACUCGUAAACAUUAUUAAUGGCAUGCUUGGAAAUGAGAUUACAGACACUUUAAGCCUACAAGCUAUCGUUACAGAACAAUCUCCGUUUACAAUCCGUGAUACUUUAAGUAAGUUGAAUAUAACAUCCUAUGAAGGUCGUCCAUAUGAACCGCCUCUAGGAGAAAGAGUGCCAAUGGAUUCUCUUUACCUUCUUUCUGAAGACCCAUUCAACACAUUUUACCCAGGUGAAAUAGUUGCGUACCAAUUGUCUGAAGUUGGUGAUGAUAGUAAAUCGAAUUACAUUUACGCUAAGAUCAAAUGUAAAAUUCCUAGCGAUAAUGUGGACAGACUCAUUUGUAGGUAUGACAUUGAUAUUGGAGAUGAAGAAGGGCCAUUCGAAGUUUCAGUUCUAGAUAUUUUUAAAUUUCGUAAACCAGAAAGAGCUAUUGGUCUUGAAGUGGUUCCUUAUGAGGGACAAGACACACAAUCCACAUCCCAUGAAGGUAUGAAAGAUGAAGUUAAAAACCAAAUUAAGAAGGAAUUGGAAGAAAUAUGGUGUCUACAUGGUCUUCAAAGGCGUAAAGCUAUCAGAAGAAUUCUUUUGAAGUGGCAUCCAGAUAAGAACGAUAAAGACAGGAAGGAAUUUCACACUGAAAUAUUCCAAUACAUUCAGAAUGUAAUAAAGGAAUUAGAAGUGGGUGGAGAAAAACUCUUGGACGCACAGGAGUUCUAUAACGAUAUCAAUAGGAGAGCACAGAGGGAUUACACAUCCUUCCACAGCAGGCAGCAGAGUGGGCAUGCUAGUGCUGGUAGCUAUUAUAGGUAUGGGUAUGAUUCGCACUUUACCACACAACAAAGAACUACACAUACUGACCUUCCAGAAGCUAGGAGAUGGUUAAGACAAGCAGAAAUUGACCUAUCGGCUGCAGAGACUGAAGGCAAUAGAUUCUGUGAGUGGAUUUGUUUCAAAUGCUCUCAAGCAGCAGAAAAGGCAUUCAAAGCCGCGCAAUAUGCAAUAGACGGUGAAAAAAUGAGAUCACAUUGCAUUACAUCAUUGGCAUAUCAUAUUAGAAGCAAAAUUGACCUGACAUCAGCAGCUAACCGAUUGGUUAAUGCUGCUGGAAACCAAAUGCGCAUGCGUUAUCCAGACAUGGUUUAUGGAAAUAAAAUACCCAAUGAUGUAUACACCAUUAAAGAAGCGGAAGUGUCGAAGUUAGCAGCUAGGGAAAUCGUAAAUGGUAUAUCUGCUCUACUGAGAUCCAGCCAUUAUCGCUAA